AACAUCAACAAAGUGUUCGAGUACGAGUUGUGGUGUUGUGGAAAUCGUUCGUUUCGUAAAAGUGGAGUUUACGACAACGAAAUUAGAAAAAUAGUAACCAUACAAUACAGAAACGAGCUUAAAGUCAUAAAGCACAAUAUACUAAAACUCGUAAUAUUAGCCUACAUUGAACGCUUGACGAACCAAACCAAGUAUUGUUAUAACCACCGCAAUGUUUAGAAAGUGAAACCUUUCGGAACAUAAGUUGCGAAAAUGGGGAAAACGAGCAAAGUCGUUAUAUGUGGGAUGAAAGGGGUUGGCAAAACCGCAGUAUUAGAACAACUCAUAUAUGGGAAUGUGAAUUUAAAAUCAUGUUUUUAUCCAACCAUUGAGGAUAUUUAUGUGGCCAAUAUUGAAACUGAUAGGGGGACUAAAGAAAGAGUUUGUUUCUAUGAUACGGCGGGACUGGAGCCCCCGCUUACAGGCGAGUUCAAAGGACCGCCGCAGUCUCCGACAAUGCAGCUGACAGCCAACCAAGUACUCCAGCGCCACUACCUGGGCUUCGCUGAAGGAUUCGUCAUGGUGUACGACACCACCAGACCCGAAUCACUCGAUGUACUCAUGUAUUUGAAGAAGGAUAUUGACAGGAACAAGGAUAAGAAGGAGGUUGUAAUGCUAGUAAUAGGCAACCGCACGGGUCCUGAUGACGUCAAUAGUUUAGAAAACACAUGCUCCAAAGCUUCGAACUGGUGCGCGCGGGAAAAGAUCCGCCAUUUUGAAGUGUCUGCGAUGGAUCGACCAUCUUUGUACGAACCCUUUAUAUUUAUGACUUCGAAACUAAAUCCGGUACAAAAUAAAACAGCGUUCCCACAAUUAAGCACUUUGAGCAAGCUGACGCAGAAAAAUAACAAGAGCGAAGCCAUGUAACGGUACGUUUUUAGUCUAUGCCCUUUCUGCUAUCAACCAUGAAGGUUGGUGGUAUUGUCUGUGGUUGGAAGUGAGCUGUCAAAUUUUGGCG